AUGUUAAUUCUUGACAAGCUUGCUAGCUUUGAUCUCGACAAUUGUAUAGAAAUCUGCAGAGACCCUGGUCUAACCACAAAGGUUAUACAGUUCACUAGCAAUAGACCCAACAUGACAUACAGUAAUGAGACACACAAGACACUGCUGAAACGUUCAUCACUGAAGCUACUGUGCAGACUUGCAAAGACUAAAGGGAAAAUUGGUGUAACUUUGCGUCAGAAUAUUUCAGAACAUCCCUUCCUUUUGAGCAAUCUUGUGGAGAUCUUGGAUAAUAAUGAUAGCAGCCAUGAACUGAGGGAGCUCACAACAGAACUCAUUAAGAACAUUGCCAUGGAGGAAAAGAUAAAGGAGGAGAUCGGACACAUCCCAGUGAUCAUUAGCAGGUUGAUGGAUGCAUUUCUCAGCCAAAGUGCUCUCUCAAGAACAGAUUCAGCUCAGUUGCUACAAAUGACCUCCGGGCAAGCAUUGGCAGUUCUGGCAAUGGAGAGUGCGAACAACUGCUUAAUUAUGUUAGCGGAACCACACUCAUUCAUCAAGGAACUCACAGUUAUGAUCCAUGGUGACAGGUACAGGUACGUAGCUUCGAGCCUGUUGCAGAAUAUGUGUGUGCAUGUUCGACCUGAGCUUGGCAACUCGGACCUGAAGGAAAUCUCCUACAUUCUGAGAGAGGUGCUGGAAGGAAUAAUGGAUGCAGAAGGGACUGAACUGGAGGUCCUUGUUGGCCUUAGUUCACAAAUAUGUAAUGUCAUUCCUGGCAAUUUUGCACGAGAACUAGAGCAUGGUCAGAUCAAGGAAAGAUUUAUAAGGAGGCUAGUCGAUGCACUUAACUCAAAUAUGAGACCCACUGCUCAUUGUCCCGGGAUCAGAAGGUCGAUAGUUGAACAUACCAUAUGCAUGAUGGAGUGUAAUCCUGAGUAUGCCGGCUGUUUCAAGGAAUGUUGGAUGAUGGAAGCACUGCUAAUGGUGGAGCGUACACCUUCAAGGGCUGAAAAGUACAGGUUCUUCUCGGGUGAUGCAGGACUCAUGGAGCACAGCAUACCUCUAUCCACACUUGUGGCUAGAGCAAAAGAACUGAUGGACCAUGAGUAGCUACGAGGCAUCAGCAGUGAAGUGCACCUGAAUAUGUGUUUAGGAGAUAUUGUACUCCUACUAAUA